AUGGAUCAAGAAAAGAAUACUCUGACUAAUCAAUUAAAGCAAGAGAUCCAGUCAAUUGAAUCCAAAGAAGUAGAGCAUACAAAGCAUUCUCACUCAACUGCAACCAAAAAUCAUUCUCAGGGUUCAUGGACAUCUAAGUUUAGAUGGAAAGUUCAAGAUGAUCAUGCACCACCUGAAAUCUAUAAUUGGACUUUGUUCCUCUCAGUUUUUGUUUUUGGUGUCUUAGGUUCGGCUAGAGGUUAUGAUGAAGGGAGCAUUUCAGGAUCAGUUGCACAAGUUUCAUUCAAAAACUUUUUUGGGCUUAAUGAUCCAAAUAAAUCAGAACACGAUGUUGCAAACUUGAAAUCUAAUAUUACAUCAAUGGUUCAAUUGGGUUCUAUCGGUGGUAGUAUUAUUGCUAUGUUUGUUGUUGAUAGAUUUGGUAGAAUUAGAUCUUUGCAAGCAGCUUGCGUGGUAUGGAUCGCAGCGGCAAUUAUCCAAAUUACUUCUAAGAAUGUCGGUCAGUUGUAUGCUGGAAGAUUAAUCGAGGGACUUGCAAUUGGACAAACCACUACUAUUGGACCUACAUACAUGUCUGAGGUUGCACCUAGGGCCAUUAGAGGCCUCUGUGGGUGUGUAUUUGCAGGUGCUGUUUACUUUGGUAUUAUGAUGGCAUAUUUUGCCCACUACGGUUGUGCGUUACAUAUAUCCGAUACCACUAACAGACAAUGGAUCAUUCCUACCUCCAUGAAGAUUCCUUUAGCUGCUUUAAUUUUGAUUGGAUCUUUCAUUUUUUGUGUCGAAAGUCCAAGAUGGUUAUUGAAAGUCAAUCAGCCUGAUAAAGCCGCGAAGAAUUUAUCAAAAUUGAGAAAUUUACCAGCAGAUCAUCCUUACGUUUUAGGUGAAAUCUCUGAUAUUAAUGAGCAGAUACUCACGGAGAAGGAAGCAACGGCAGGUAACAAUUUCUUCCAAUUAUGUAAGGAUAUCUUAUGUGUGAAGUCAAUUAGAUACAGAUUUUUUGCAGUCUCCUGUUUAACACAGGUUUUAGGUCAAUGGUCAGGUGCAAACGCUGUGACAAUUUAUUCUCCAGAACUUUUUGCAUUAAUUGGAGCUGUUGGAGUUGAAAAGUUGAAAAUGACUGCAAUCUUAGGUGUUGUGAAAUUUAUAUCCGCAUAUUUAAGUGCUUUCUUCAUCAUUGAUUUCUUAGGAAGAAGAAAGGCACUUUACAUUGGUAUUACAAUUCAAUUGCUUUCUAUUUUGUAUUUUGCUAUAUUCUUAACAAUUGUCCCCGAAGCAAGUGAAGAAGCUGACUUGACUGGAUCAAAAGCAAGAGCUGGAAAGGGAGCAAUGGCUGCAUUAUAUAUGUCUGGAGUUGGAUGGACUAUGGGUUUCAAUUCUAUUCAAUACUUAUUGGGAUCUGAAAUUUUCCCAUUGAAAAUUC